AGCACGCAGCCCGGCCGCCGUUCAUUUGAAUUUGAAUAGGCCAGUCCAACUGCGCUGCGCGGACAUGGCGGGAUUGGAGGAUUGCAUUCAAAUGGCCAGCGUCAUCGCGUGGAUUGCGCCUUUUUAGUCUUUGCCUAUCUGCUUUGAAAAGUGACUUUUGACGAUGCCUUUCCACCAGAGGAGCGUCGAGCCGCGGCGCGUGAGCAGGUUGCCGGCUGCUCCGUGCAAGACCGCGAAGAGGGCGGCGGCGCCGGCGUCGCUGGACGAGGUGAGCUGUCACACGCUCACCAACAUCAUCCAUCAACUGGCCGACCUCUCGCGCCUGGCGGCCGACGUCUUCCUGGGCAUCGAGCUGCCGGCGGCCUCCGUGUCCCGAAGAACGUACCGGCUGCAGGGACGCCUGCGCUCGCUGCACGCCAGAGUCGGCGUCCUGGAGGCCAAGAAAGUCCAAAUCCCCGUGUCCACUCUGGACGAGGAGAGCAAGUGGACGGUCCACUACACGGCGCCCUGGCACCAGCAGGAGAACGUCUUCCUGCCGGCCAGCAGGCCGCCCUGCGUGGAGGACCUCCACCGCCAGGCCAAAGGCAACCUGAAGAGCGCCCUGCGAGAAUGCGACAAGCUGAGGAAGGACGGCUUCCGCAGCUCGCAGUACUACUCGCAGGGGCCCGUCUUCUCAGAAGCCGGCAGCGGCCCGCGCCGGGACCAUGACGACGAUGACCAAAAGUCCCCGGCCUCCUCGGCGGAGGAGGAGGAGGACGAUCGCUCGCAGGCGCCCAGCGACAGGGGGGACGUCUCGGAGGCCGACGUGAGCCGGGCCUCCGCGCUGCCCACCCCGGAGGAGAGGAUGAGGCGGACGGCGCAGGCCGUGCCCACCGACAUCGUGGCCAUCAACGUGACAGGCACCGUGUUUGACCGGCAGGCCAGUGUCCGGCGCUCCCUGGUUAGCACGGACACGGUGUCACGCCGGCCCAAGAAGGUCAAACGCAGAAAGACCAUAUCGGGGCUGCCCGACAACGUCCAGCUGGACCUAGUUGCAAACGGUGGCGGCGGCGGAGAGCUGCGACCGCAUUCCAUGUUCCUUCCCGGGCAGUACUCCACGCUGGGCCGGGCGGGGAGCGUCAACUCGGCGCUCUGGCGCCGCCGCCGCACCCGAGACUCCGGCUGCCAGACGGAGGAAGCCAAGGUGGUCCCGCCGUCCAUGAGGAGAAUCCGCGCUCAGAGGGGGCAGGGAAUCGCCGCGCAGAUGGCUGGCCUUUCCGUGUCGUCCUCCACCGGAAGUAUCUGCGGCGGUGGCGGCGACCCGUCGCCGUUCAACAGCCUGCCCCGCCAGGGCGCCAGGGUGUCGCUCAGCGCCGACCCCGUCUGCAGCAGCACCCCCAUCAAGAAGCAAGACGGCGGCGCUCCGCACAGGCGUGUCGGAAAGCUGCGGGCGGACGACACGGCCGUGCACCUGAGGAGCGCGCCCAAGAUGGCCACCCUGCCCGGGCCCCAGGAAGUGCGGCGGACGCGCUCCAGCGAGUGGGCCGGCGCUGCGGCUUGCGUGGUGUCGCCGCACGCCGCCUAUUGCACGUCGCUCAUCCCCAACGCCACGCUGUCCGGUUCAUCGCAAGUGGUGGCUGUGGCCACCUCGGCGCAGCGUUCGCGGAGCUCCGCCUCCCCGACGGCCGGGCCUCUCGGUCCGGCCCCCCUCGCCUCGGCUUUCGUCGAGUCAGACGACAGCGUGCGCAGUCCCAGCACCUCGCCGCCGCCGCCGUGUCGGCCGGAGGACGAGUGGAUCUACGAGACGGCGGAAAAGCUGUCGCUCCCGCUCCGGGCUCUCACCUCCAGCUCCUCGGCUCCCAUCAAGCAGCUGUACGGCAGCCCGGAGGCGUCGUCCCGGACGACCACCGAUUCCGGCUCGCUCUACUCCCAGGACAACGACGGCUAUUAUACCUCCAUGCAUUUGGACUCGGGUCUGCUGCGCUCAGGCGGAGGGCGCCCCGGCAGACACAGCAUGUACGAGUGUCGCCGGGGCGACGAUGAGAGCUGGUACAGCGAUCGCUCCCUCACCCGCAGCAUUUCCCUGCGCAAAUCCAAGAAGCCGCCGCCGCCCCCCACUCGCAGCGACUCCCUGAAACGGAAGCCCGCUCCCAAGCAGAAGAACACCGCCGCCGACACGCUCAACGAGAGUCUGCUGGCCACCCUGCAGCAGCUGGGGCUGCGGCCCGGCGAAGCCAGCGACUACGAGGACCCUUGGGUGCUGCGCGGGCGGAGUCAGAGUAGCGUUAGCGCCGACAGCUCGGCCACGUCACUCAGCGCAAACGGCGUGUCGGACGCCUACGCGCUCUGCCACGUGACCCCCGCUCACAGCGACAGCAGCAGCUUACGAUCCGACUACGCCGACUCUUGGGGCUACUACGUGGAGUACCCUCGCCACCGCGCCGAGCAGAGCGCGCCGACCGCACCUCGGCCCGAAGACGGGAGCCGCGCGCACCCUGACCAGGAGAGCGCGGGAACGCCGCCGCCGUCGCUCCAGGAGGCGAAAGGCAAAAGCUCCUCCCCGGAGCGUGUGCAGCGACUGACUUCGCCCUCCAGCGGCUACUCCAGCCAGUCCAACACCCCCACCGCCGGAACCCCGGUCCCCUCCGGGGUCAGGUCCGCGUCACCCUCGGCCAGCCGCCCGCGGCCCAAGAUCCCGGAGAGGAAAUCCUCUCUGCUGUCCUCGCUCUCCAUGUCGUCGUCCUCCACCUCCCUCUCGUCCACCACCUCGGACUCUCUCAAGAGCGUCGGGCCGCCCCUGACCUCGGCUCCGCCCACCCCCGUAAGCCCGCCCUCCCCGUUGCCCCCCCCAAUCGCGCAGGCUCUGAGCCCGCACCCGGGUUGCUCCACGUCCCCAGAGUUCCCGCCACCGCCCUCGCCCGAAAGGCUCUGCCGUCCGGGUGCGUCCCUCGACGGGAGCUUAAGUCCUCCGUUGCCGCCCGCGCCUCCCGCAUCCCUCACGGCGCCGCCGCCCCCCCCUCCGCUGCCCGCUCCCACCUGCGUCUCUUCCUCCACCACCAAUCCCGUAAUGUCGACGCCCAGAGCCGUGGUUGCCGACAGUCCCGCAAAGUCGCCCGUGCUCCUCAUCACGCCGUUUGCCCUGCAAAGUGUUCAGCUGCGCUCGGUGGCACGGACGGAGAAGGAGACCGAGAGCCACCCCAACUCUGAGGAGUGCCGCUCCCGGGAGAACCGCCCUUCCCAUAAGGCUGAAGAUUCCGCUCCACCGAAGCUGCCGUCGGACACGCCCGACGGUCCCGUUGUCGACGACGAGCGGAGCCGUGUUUUUCUCCACCGAGGGCAGAAAGCAUUGGCGAGCGACGGCAGCUCCGAUGUCCGACACCGGCCCGCCGUCAUUGGCGACAGACCUCACUUCUCUUUUGUCCUGCCACUGAGGCCCGGGCCGGUCCAGGAGGCCAGCCCGCCUCCUCCGUGGGAAGACGCGGCGUCGCAAAUGCCAGGAUGCCAACAAAACUGCGAAAUCCAGGACGAGCGUCGUCCCGUUCCCGGCUCGGAGCGCCAACCCGCCCAGAACGGGGACAGCAGUGCGGCGGGCUCCGACAGCGACGAGGACGACGACGCAGGUGACGUGUUUAACUCCAACACGGACGAGACGUCGCCGUCUCUCAGCGGGACCCCGGAGGGAACGGGGAGCAUGGUCACCCCCACUCCAACUCCCACGCGGACCACCGAGGACCUCUUCGCGGCCAUACACAGGUCCAAGCGGAAGGUGCUGGGCCGCAAAGAGUCCGAAGAGGACAAGCCCGCCGGGUCGGGGAGCCGCUCGCGGUCGCCCCCCACCUCGCCGGCGUCGCGCCCGUCGGGCUCUAUCCAACGCCACCUGCGCAAGUCGUCCACCAGCAGCGACAGCUUCAAGGCGCUGCUCUUGAAGAAGGGCAGCCGCUCCGACGGCGGCUUCCGGAUGUCCGCCGCCGAGAUGCUGCGCUCCACCGACCCCCGCUGGCAGCGCACGGGCUCCGAGUCGACCCCGCCCGACUCCCCGCCGCGGGACGAGCGCGGCCGCUACCAGGCGCUGGCGCCGCCCGCCUCCUCCCCCCUCAAGUACGGCCGCUCGCGCACGCCCCCUUCGGCCGCCAGCAGUAAAUACAACGCCCGGUGUCGGAUCCUCAGCAGCCCCAUGACCGUCAUCUGCGAGCGAGACGGCGAGUACGCCGACGCCAACGGCACUUUAUCGGACGACAGUGGGGCUUAAAGGAGCCAGCCGGCGUGAUGUUUUGUUUUUUUGCUUGGGGUCUUUCAUUGUCGAAUCUGUUGUUUCCUUUUUCCUGUCGUAAUGACGCCCUGUCGGGAAAGUCACUGCGUACUUUGUUUGUCGAACAGAUAUGCUGUUGUCCGCCACAACAAACGCACAUGGCAUGAAGCGACAAUUACGUUCCGCACAAUACAGUGCUAGUUUCUUUGUUCCGAGGAGAGCUGCGGUCGUCCGUCUGCUUUUCAGCCCUGUGUUAAUUGCCGGCAACAUUUCUACUCAUGCGGGAGCUGUUGUCAGCCUCAGCUCACAAGCGGACACUCCGAUGCCACAUGCCAUCCCGCCGAGCCCCGCCUCUAAAAGGCGCUUGUACACGGACAUGACAAUGGGUCGUUUCUCGCUUGUAUGUCUUUUGUUUUUGUGUUCAAAUACGUUUACAGAGCAGUUAAGAAGUACGCUUGAAAAAGUUGCAAGUUGGAGGGGGUGAAAAUGAUCUUUUUCCUGAAAUUCCACACGUGUCGCAGAAAGUCUAUAAUGUAGCCCACCCCACCCAUCCUAUUCGAUUUCUGUUCAUGAAGAAAGUUGCCAGUGACUUUCCAAGCGUCUCCCUUCGUUCCACCAGGCUCAUAAAUCUGUCCCGUUGUAGAUUUUGCACUGCGGUCUUUGUUUGGCGUGCGAUUGUUGAAAAGAAUGUUUUGCUCAAAACAAGCUCAUUGUUGUUGUCACACCUGAUCGGCUUCUUUUUCUAGUGGUCACCAAAGAGCCCAACAACAAACUUAACUCAGACGGAAACCACACGAGCUGUUGUUGAAAGUUGAUCCUGAUACACUUUUAUAUUGUUGUGUAUGUAAAUAAAUCGAAAUGGAUUGUUUUAAGUCA